AUGAAUAACGAACAAUUCCGCAAGCUCUUAGGAGCAGACUCGGCAAAGCCUGCGUCACCAAGCAAUGGGCAGACUACAGGCAAGGCCAGCCCAGCUGCCCCUGGGGCGCUGGGCUCGCGACAAAGAUCGAGCAUCCCCAUGACGCCUCGCUCUGUCGGUGGCAGAAAUCCUCACAAUGAAUUCGCGCGACAGCUUGCCGCUCGAAAUCAAGCAGCACAGCCUCAAAAGAAGUUUCGGUCAUCAGCGCCGAAAGGAUCUCGACUCGCCGAGGGCUACGUGGACCGGUCGAAAGAACGCUACGACGAAGAAGAAGACGACCGCGCGAAGAGGAUCAAGGCGUUGGAGGAGGCAUACAAGAAAGAGGAGAUCGACAAAUCGACGUUUGAGAAGUUGCGCAACGAAAUUGCAGGAGGUGACAUCUCCAGUACACAUUUGGUCAAAGGACUGGACUUCAAGCUCUUGGAGAGGAUACGCAGAGGAGAAGACGUCUGGAACGACAAGAAAGAUGCAGAAGAAGAGGCGCCGCCGCCCGAAGAGGAUGUGGACGACGCCUUUGACGAAAUUGAGGAGACAGAAGUGAAGGCUAUCGAGAAGGAAACGGUCAAAAAGAAGGGACAGAUGGCUGCCGGAGGACUCGUUCCUGGAAAGAAGAGAACGCGAGAUCAAAUCGUUGCUGAUAUGAAGGCCGCACGGGCGGCUGCGAAGGCAGCGCAGGACAAUCUAGGUGACAAGUUCCGGAAGAUCGGGGCGAAGCAGAAGCCCGGGACUCGUAUUGAGCGAGACAGCAAGGGCCGCGAGGUCAUGAUCAUUGUCGACGAAGACGGACAUGAGAAGCGGAAGGUCCGCAAACUUCAACCAGAAGCUGAGGAGGAGCAGCGCAAGGAGUUCAUUCCUGGUAAGGACGCGAAGCCGCUCGGCAUGGAGGUGCCCGAAUUCUAUAAGAAGCAGCAGGUGGAGGAAGCUGAAGACGACAACGAUGACAUCUUUGCCGACGCUGGAGACGAUUACGAUCCGCUUGCCGGUAUGGACAGCAGCAGCUCUGACGAUGACGACGAGGGCGAAGUGAAGGAUAAACCUGAUACAAAGAACGACAAGAAAGAAUCGAAGCCCGACUCCAUGUCCAUGCCACCGCCACCCAAGCCGGCGGCACCACGCAAUUAUUUCAAGGACUCAAAGACAGAGCUCAUGUCAUCACAAACACUCAAAGCACCUUCUAUGGAAGACCCAGCGAUCAGGGCAGCGUUCAAGAAGGCUGCACAACUCAGAGCAGCGAAUAAGGCCGAGGAAGAGGAUGACGAAGAUGAUGAGGAGGCCAAGGCCCGGGCGGCGCGCCGCAAGAACAUGCUGGAGUCGGUUGACCGAGACGCCCAGGAUCUAGAUAUGGGCUUCGGCACCAGCCGCUUUGAAGACGAGGCCGACUUCGAUGAUCAGCCUAUCAAGUUGUCAGAGUGGGGCAACGAAGACGACGACGAAGGCCGCGGCGGCAAGGCGAAGAGGAAGAGAGGCCCCAAGAAGAGGAAGGGUGAUGGCAACAACGCAGCAGAUGUGCUCCGAGUGAUGGAGCAGCGAAAAGCUGCAGAGAAGUCCUAA